CCGGGGAGGCCGUCCCGUGAUGCCCCGCGCCGCGGCCGCUCUGGCCUGCAACGUGUCUCCGGGGCGGAGGCAGCGGCCGCCGAGUUCGCUGCGCGCGGCUGGGGGGGGGCUCCCUGUCUCUUCGCUGGUGUCCAUCUCUCUCGCCGCCUGGCGCUCGCGUCCCCACGGGCCGCCCCAGCCCUCGCCAUGUCGUACAACUACGUGGUAACGGCCCAGAAGCCCACCGCCGUGAAUGGCUGCGUGACCGGACACUUUACUUCGGCUGAAGACUUGAACCUGUUGAUUGCCAAAAACACGAGAUUAGAAAUCUAUGUGGUCACCGCCGAGGGGCUUCGGCCUGUCAAGGAAGUGGGCAUGUAUGGGAAGAUCGCUGUUAUGGAGCUUUUCAGGCCCAAGGGGGAGAGCAAGGACCUUCUGUUCAUCCUGACAGCCAAGUACAAUGCCUGCAUCCUGGAGUACAAACAGAGUGGCGAGAGCAUUGACAUCAUAACACGAGCCCACGGCAAUGUCCAGGACCGAAUUGGCCGCCCCUCAGAGACGGGCAUUAUCGGCAUCAUCGACCCUGAGUGCCGGAUGAUUGGCCUGCGACUCUACGAUGGCCUUUUCAAGGUUAUUCCUCUAGACAGGGACAAUAAAGAGCUCAAGGCCUUCAACAUCCGCCUGGAGGAGUUACAUGUCAUCGAUGUCAAGUUUCUCUACGGUUGCCAGGCACCUACCAUCUGCUUCGUCUACCAGGACCCUCAGGGGCGGCAUGUCAAAACCUAUGAGGUGUCUCUCCGAGAGAAGGAGUUCAAUAAGGGCCCUUGGAAGCAGGAGAACGUGGAGGCAGAGGCCUCCAUGGUGAUUGCAGUUCCAGAGCCCUUUGGAGGGGCCAUCAUCAUUGGGCAGGAAUCCAUCACCUAUCACAAUGGUGACAAAUACCUGGCAAUCGCCCCUCCGAUCAUCAAGCAAAGCACAAUUGUGUGUCACAAUCGCGUGGACCCCAACGGCUCCCGCUAUCUGCUGGGCGACAUGGAAGGACGGCUCUUCAUGCUGCUGCUGGAGAAGGAGGAACAGAUGGACGGCACCGUCACCCUCAAGGACCUGCGGGUGGAACUCCUCGGAGAGACCUCGAUUGCUGAGUGCUUGACAUACCUUGAUAACGGUGUUGUGUUUGUCGGGUCUCGCCUCGGGGACUCCCAGCUUGUGAAGCUCAAUGUUGACAGCAAUGAACAAGGUUCCUACGUAGUAGCCAUGGAAACCUUUACCAACUUGGGACCCAUCGUGGACAUGUGCGUGGUGGAUCUCGAGAGGCAGGGGCAGGGACAGCUGGUCACUUGCUCUGGGGCUUUCAAGGAAGGUUCCUUGCGGAUCAUCCGGAACGGAAUUGGAAUUCACGAGCAUGCCAGCAUUGACUUACCAGGCAUCAAAGGCCUGUGGCCCCUUCGGUCUGAUCCGACCCGGGAGACUGACGACACUUUGGUGCUCUCUUUCGUGGGCCAGACAAGAGUGCUCAUGCUGAACGGAGAGGAGGUGGAAGAGACGGAACUGAUGGGCUUUGUGGAUGACCAGCAGACUUUCUUCUGUGGCAAUGUGGCUCACCAGCAGCUUAUCCAGAUCACGUCGGCGUCUGUGCGGUUGGUCUCUCAAGAACCCAAGGCCCUGGUGAGCGAGUGGAAAGAGCCGCAGGGCAAGAACAUCAGCGUGGCGUCCUGCAACAGCUGCCAGGUGGUGGUGGCCGUGGGCAGGGCGCUCUACUACCUGCAGAUCCAUCCUCAGGAGCUCCGGCAGGUCAGCCACACGGAGAUGGAGCACGAGGUGGCCUGCUUGGACAUCACCCCCUUGGGAGAGAGCAAUGGCAUGUCGCCUCUCUGUGCCAUCGGCCUCUGGACCGACAUCUCGGCCCGGAUUUUGAAGCUGCCCUCCUUUGAACUCUUGCACAAGGAGAUGCUCGGUGGAGAGAUCAUCCCUCGGUCCAUUUUGAUGACCACCUUCGAGAGUAGCCACUACCUCCUUUGUGCCUUGGGAGAUGGGGCCCUCUUCUACUUCGGACUGAGUGUGGAGACAGGCCUGUUGAGCGACCGCAAGAAGGUGACUCUGGGCACCCAGCCCACCGUUCUGAGAACGUUCCGUUCUCUUUCUACCACCAACGUCUUUGCUUGCUCUGACCGCCCCACUGUCAUCUACAGCAGCAACCACAAGUUGGUCUUCUCCAACGUCAACCUCAAGGAAGUCAACUACAUGUGCCCCCUCAACUCCGAUGGCUACCCCGACAGCCUGGCCCUGGCCAACAACAGCACCCUCACCAUCGGCACCAUCGACGAGAUCCAGAAGCUGCACAUCCGCACGGUUCCCCUCUAUGAGUCUCCCAGGAAGAUCUGCUACCAGGAAGUGUCGCAGUGCUUUGGGGUCCUUUCCAGCCGCAUUGAGGUCCAGGAUACCAGUGGGGGCACGACUGCUCUGAGGCCCAGCGCCAGCACCCAGGCCCUCUCCAGCAGCGUCAGCUCCAGCAAGCUCUUCUCCAGCAGCACCGCCCCCCACGAGACCUCCUUUGGAGAAGAGGUGGAGGUCCACAACCUGCUCAUCAUCGACCAGCACACCUUCGAAGUCCUUCACGCCCACCAGUUUCUGCAGAACGAGUAUGCCCUCAGCCUGGUUUCCUGCAAGUUGGGCAAAGACCCCAACACCUACUUCAUCGUGGGCACAGCCAUGGUGUACCCCGAGGAGGCGGAGCCCAAGCAGGGCCGGAUUGUGGUCUUUCAGUACUCGGAUGGAAAGCUGCAGACCGUGGCCGAGAAGGAGGUGAAGGGGGCCGUGUACUCGAUGGUGGAGUUUAAUGGGAAGCUGUUAGCCAGCAUCAACAGCACGGUGCGGCUAUACGAGUGGACCACGGAGAAGGAGCUGCGCACCGAGUGCAAUCACUACAACAACAUCAUGGCCCUCUACCUGAAGACCAAGGGCGACUUCAUCCUGGUGGGCGACCUGAUGCGCUCCGUGCUGCUGCUUGCCUACAAGCCGAUGGAGGGCAACUUCGAAGAGAUCGCACGAGACUUUAACCCCAACUGGAUGAGCGCUGUGGAAAUCUUGGAUGAUGACAAUUUCCUGGGGGCCGAGAAUGCGUUUAACUUGUUUGUGUGUCAGAAGGACAGCGCUGCCACCACCGACGAGGAACGGCAGCACCUGCAGGAAGUUGGGCUUUUCCACCUGGGCGAGUUCGUCAAUGUCUUCUGCCACGGCUCUCUGGUCAUGCAGAAUCUGGGCGAGACGUCCACCCCCACCCAAGGCUCGGUGCUCUUUGGCACAGUCAAUGGCAUGAUCGGGCUGGUGACCUCACUGUCGGAGAGCUGGUACAACCUCCUGCUGGACAUGCAGAAUCGGCUCAAUAAAGUCAUCAAAAGCGUGGGCAAGAUCGAGCACUCCUUCUGGAGAUCCUUCCAUACUGAGCGCAAGACGGAGCCGGCCACUGGCUUCAUCGAUGGAGACUUGAUCGAGAGUUUCUUGGAUAUCAGCCGCCCCAAGAUGCAGGAGGUGGUGGCAAACCUGCAGUACGACGACGGCAGCGGGAUGAAGCGUGAGGCCACUGCCGACGACCUGAUCAAGGUGGUGGAGGAGCUCACACGGAUCCAUUAGCCACGGGCACGGCGCCCCCGGGCCCCGGCCCCGCCUGACGGCUUUGCCCACCCGCUCUCCUCCCUCUUGCCCUCCGCGUCUUCGCCUUGGGAACCCUGUCCCUCCGCCACGGCCCCAGGAGCCACGGGGCACCUUUGUGAGAAUGGGGGUUUCUUAGAACUAAAACCAGUUCACCGGAGACCUGGCAGUGGGCUGGCGGUGAAAUCCUUCCCCCUGGGCUUGAUACCAGUCACGGGAUUCCCGCUGUCACCUCGGACCACCGGCCUCGUGGGUGUGGCCCGCGGCCCUCUUCCCGGGGAGGGCUUUGCUGCUCGGGCCCGAGGGAAGCUCUGGGCGUGAGUGUGUUGUGCUCCCGCACUGUCCGCCA